CUUUUCAUAAGCGCUUCGAUCAACUUCAAUUCAUUCACACCUCGACAACCACUCCUCCACCAACUUUUUGUCAUCAUCCAAUCAACACACCCAACACUACCUUCUCUGUAUUCAUUCUACUGAUUGCUAUCAAGCUGUGGCCUCAAACGACGAAUACAAUUGCAACUGCUAUUUUCUCAGCUAUAGCUUGCACCAACGGCGUCACGAGCUAUGUCGCUCCAUACGACAGACAUGAAUUUCACGCCAACCAACCUGGCCCAAUCCAUUUCAGCAAUUCUUUCUGGUCAAAUUACCGGCAACAAUGUCAUUGCGCACAUACAGUUGUCAGGUAUUUUUGAUCAACUCGAACAGAAUGAAAAGAAUUGGCUUCUUUAUGGGUUUGCCUUACUCAUCAAUUCAUCAUCUGAAUUCACCGUCUUGAAUGAUCUUGACAGAGUUGUUUUUCAUCCAUUCGGUCAAGGGCCCCAGUUUGGGCAAGGCAUCUUUUAUUCGCCAGAUACGAGUGCAUCAGAGCCCACUGGCGAAACCAUGGCCAAGGUUCCAAGGCCGCCAAAUGCAUUCAUUCUUUAUCGUAAAGAUCACCACCAACUUGUCAAGGAUGCAAACCCUGGCAUUCACAACAAUGAAAUCUCUGUCAUCCUUGGCCAAAAAUGGAAUGGAGAGUCAACUGAAGUUCGCGAUCACUACCUGGCCCUCUCAAAGCAGGCCAAACGCGACCAUUUGCUGCAGUAUCCAGACUAUCAGUAUCGUCCACGCCGCCCGGAGCAAUUGAAGAGACGUAUGACGAAAGAAAAGAAGCGCAAGUUGAUGGCUAGAUUUGUAGCCGAAGAGAAUACUGCAGACGACAACCAGGGCGGCAACUUGUCAAACGAUGCCUCUGACCUGAAAUUUCUCAUUCCAAAGACGGGCUCGCCAAAUGUUCUUUUUCUUGGGGCUUAUAGCCCAGCAAAAAUCGAGUUGGCCAAGAGCGUUGUUAACAGUGCUGCCAUGGAUAUUGACAUUGUGUCCUGGAAUUCUAUUACCGCCGAUGUUGACUUGAUGCUGAAAGAUGACACUCGAGUCAAAGAUGGCCGCAUUCCCACCACUGGAGUUGCACCGGGCGCUUAUCUCUGGACAAGAUAAUGCAUGGAAUACGCUUUGAUACUCAUGCAUGAACGGUGUGGUCUAUCACCCGCAAACGCUACAUACAUUCACAACUUCACAUUUAUCCAUUGGACACGGAUAUGUACCUGAAGCCCUGGAUAUUCGAACAUCCCGAAUCAAUUUCAAGACAGGUUUCUCUUCAGUGCUAUCCUUGAACUGGUUGCACAAGUUUGUUUCUCUUCGGGACAAUAACAGCCAUAUCCUGAUACGAUGUAUUGUGGACGUUAUAGCAGAUUUGCUUUCUUUUGUUCUCCAGGUAUGGGUUUACACACGACAUCGCACACGGAAAAUACCACCCUUGCAGAAUCAAAACUACACUUGUGUUUUUACGUCAUCGAUUUCGAAAGGCCGGUGUUCACCAAAUGGGUCCAAACUUGCAGUGGCCAUCUCGAUAAUUAGGGCACCGCAUUCUAUUACGAUGAAUUGCUAGUUUGCAACAAAGAGAUGGAAGGAACUGGUUAGAUGUCGAAUACAGAUCACGACGGGUUUCAUCAGCGAGAGGAUUUGCUUCGGUUUAUGUAGUCCUGGGAUCUCCAGUAUUGCAUGGAACAAAACAAAUGAACCACG